AUGACAUACAGAUAUUAUUCUAACAUCAUUAAACAUUAUUUCAUAGGGGCUAAAGGGACACUAGGAGAUAAAGGAAUGAUAGGACCAAAAGGAACACAAGGGGAUAAAGGAACACAGGGAGACAAAGGAAUGGUUGGACAGGAAGGAACACAAGGUGACAAAGGAAUAACAGGUCUAAAAGGAACUCAAGGAGACAAAGGAACCAAAGGAAUGAAAGGAGAGACAGGUUACAAAGGAAUGAAAGGAAUGCAGGGAAUGAAAGGUGUCAAAGGGAUGAAAGGAUCCAAAGGAACACAAGGAGACAAAGGUAUGACAGGAGGAAAAGGAACACAAGGAGAUAAGGGAACGACGGGAGAUAAAGGCACACUAGGUGACAAAGGAAUGACAGGAGGGAAAGGAACACAAGGAGACAAAGGAACCAAGGGAAUAAAGGGAGAGUCAGGAUUCAAAGGAAUAAAAGGAAUGCAGGGAAUGAAAGGCGUCAAAGGAAUGAAAGGAGAAAAAGGAACAAAUGGAGACAAGGGAAUGAUUGGUCAACCAGGAACACAAGGUGACAAAGGAACUAAAGGAAUGAAAGGCGAAACAGGUUACAAAGGAAUGAAAGGAAUGCAGGGAAUGAAAGGCGUCAAAGGUAUGAAAGGGUCUAAAGGAACACAAGGAGACAAAGGUAUGACAGGAGGAAAAGGAACACACGGAGAUAAGGGAACGACGGGAGAUAAAGGCACACUAGGUGACAAAGGAAUGACAGGAGGGAAGGGAACACAAGGAGAUAAAGGCAUAACUGGACAGAAAGGAACACAGGGAGAUAAAGGACUGACAGGAAUGAAAGGAACACAAGGGGAUAAAGGAACACAAGGAGACAAAGGCAUGAUAGGACAAGAUGGACCAAAAGGAGACAAAGGAAUGCCAGGUCUUAAAGGAACUCAAGGAGACAAAGGAACAAAAGGAAUGAAAGGAGAGACAGGUUACAAAGGAAUGAAAGGAAUGCAGGGAAUGAAAGGUGUUAAAGGAAUGAAAGGGUCUAAAGGAACAGAUGGAGAUAAAGGAACUGUAGGUGACAAGGGAACACAAGGAGAUAAAGGUGGAAAGGGGACACCUGGUUCGAAAGGAACGCAAGGGGAUAAAGGAACACAAGGAGAUAAAGGUUUGUACAGAUAUCUAAUUGACAUUGAUUGUACAAUAUCCUUAAACGUUUAUUUACCAAUAAUUCCAAUUUUUUAA